UCCCCUGGGGGGGUCCCGGUGUCCCCAAACCUCCCGCGAGGAGGGGGCGGCGCUGGGCUGGGCCUCAGCCCCGGCCGCGGCCUCUCCCGGCCCGGGGCUCGCCCUCAGCUCCGAUCCCAUUCCCAAACUUUUCCUUCCCUGGAAUUCGGGAAUUCGGCAGCGUGGGAAUAGAAUAAAUUGGGAUUUAUUCCCGCUUUUCCCUGCUUUUCCCUGGGUUUUGGGACUCGUUGUGGACAUCCCUAGGAAGGAUGUUUCCCGCUGGGCUCUGGCUCUAGGAUGUUGGAGAACCGAGAGGAAGAGCUGACCACAGUGCGGGUGCAGGAUCCCCGCGUGCAGAACGAGGGCUCCUGGAAUUCCUACGUGGAUUACAAGAUCUUCCUGCACACCAACAGCAAGGCCUUCACUGCCAAGACCUCGUGUGUGCGGCGCCGCUACCGGGAAUUCGUGUGGCUGAGGAGGCAGCUCCAGAGGAACGCCGGAUUGGUGCCGGUCCCGGAGCUGCCGGGAAAAUCCGCGUUUUUCCUGGGAAGCGCCGAUGAAUUCAUCGAGAGGCGGCGGCUGGGCCUGCAGCGCUUCCUGGAGAGGGUGCUGCAGAGCGCCGUGCUGCUCUCCGACAGCCGCCUGCACCUGUUCCUGCAGAGCCAGCUGCCCCCGGCCGCCAUCGAGGCCUGCGUGCAGGGCCGGGCGCCGCUCUCGGUGACACAGGCCAUCGUGUGCCACGCGCGGGGACAGCGCGGGGACAGCGCGGGGCUGGCCUGGGGACAGCGCGGGGACAGCGCGGGGCUGGCCUGGGGACAGCGCGGGGACAGCGCGGCCAUGCCCGGAGCCAGCUGGGCCGGGCUGGGAAGCGCCCAGGGCUGCCCGGGGAGCUUUUCCGACUGGAGUGACUUCGGCAUGGACGAGGCGCGGCCGGAGAGCCCCGAGUGUCCGGCCGGACACGGAGUGACCCCUCUGGAGAGCCCGGAGUGUCCAGCUGGACACGGAGUGACCCCUCUGGAGAGCCCCGAGUGUCCGGCCGGACACGGAGUGACCCCUCUGGAGAGCCCGGAGUGUCCGGCUGGACACGGAGUGACCCCUCUGGAGAGCCCGGAGUGUCCGGCCGGACACGGAGUGACCCCUCUGGAGAGCCCGGAGUGUCCGGCUGGACACGGAGUGACCCCUCUGGAGAGCCCCGAGGAGUCCCAGGAUGUCCGGCCGGACGCGGAAUGACCACUCUGGAGAGCCUGGAAUUCCCGUCUGGACACGGAGUGACCCCUCUGGAGAUCCCAGAAUUCCCAGAAAUCCCAGCUGGACAUGCAGUGACCCCUCUGGAGAGCCUGGAAUUCCCGGCUGGACACGGAGUGACCCCUCUGGAGAGCGCAGCAUUCCCAGAAUUCCCGGGAAUUCCAGGAAUUCCAGACACCCUCAGGCCCCGCAGCCCUCGCUGGGAGAGGGAUCAGCGCGGAGCCCCGGGAUGGACGGGCUGGGAGCGCUGGGAAUGCGGCUCCAGUGGAGAUUCCCGAUAUUCCCGAUAUUCCCUGGCAUUCCCUGGUAUCCCCGGGUAUUCCCAGCACUGUUUUCCUUGCUCUGCUCCUGCUUCCAAACCCUCUGGAAUUCCCAAACCGGGACAACCCGAGCCAAGCUUCCCGCCGGGAAAAGGGAGGGAUGGGGCUGGAAUUUGUGUCCCCCCUUCCCGCUGGGGCUUUUCCAGGGAUUUUUGGGAAAAGCGGGAGCAGCUCGGGGUGGGGUUGGUGCCUCCCCCUCCUUCAGCACGGGGUGUGGGCAGGAAAUAAAAAACAAUAAAAAUGGAAAUAAAAUUAAAUGAAUUAAAAUCCUUGGAAUUAAAGCGGAGCUGGA